AUGGUCCAGAGUUUUGUCUUCAUCAUUGAGGAAAUCAACAAGAACACUCAGCUUCUUCCUAAUUUUACUCUGGGCUUCACCAUCUGGGACUCUGAGAGCUCUGAAUUGGGAGCUCUGUGGGGGACCAUGGCCCUGUUGACUGGCCAGGGAUACCCUGUCCCUAACUAUGAUUGUACUCUUCCUGAGACCCCCCUGGCUGCAAUCCUUGGAGAAGAUCGGUCUGCACUGUCCAUCCCCAUGGCCACAUGGCUGGGCCUUUACAGGAUUCCCCAGGUGAGCUACGGGUCCACCGUCUCCCUCCUCAGCGACAAGCUGCGCUUCCCCUCCUUCCUCCGCACUCUGCCCCCCGACGAGGCCCGCGCCCGGGGGAUGGCGCGCCUGGCGGCCCACUUGGCCUGGUAUGCCGUGGGGCUUGUGGCCCAGGAUGAUGAGUACGGCCGGCAAGGGGCGCGGGCUCUGCGGUUCGAGCUGGAGGUGGCCGGCCUGUGUGUGCACGUGGCCACCGAGCUGCCCCGCUCCCAGAGGCCCGAGAAGCUGAGGCGGGCAGCCUGCACCCUGGCCGCGGCCCAGCCCCGCGUCCUCUUAGUCUUUGCCGCGGCCAGGGAGCUUCUGUUGCUGGCCGUGGAGCUGUGGCGUCAGGGCACCGGCCAAGGCCGCCUGUGGAUCAGCAGCGAGGUCUGGGAGCCGGCAUUACCCGCCGCCCUGGCCCUGAGCGGGAUCCUGAGCGGGGCGCUGUCCUUCUCAGGCCAUCGCGGCCGCCUCCCUGGCUUCUUGGAGUUCCUAGGGCGGCUGCACCCAGCACACAGCCCCGAGGACAAGUUCCUGCCGCCCUUCUGGGAGGAGACCUUCCACUGCCAGUGGUCCCUCAACUCUUCGGCGGGAGGAGUCGCAGUACCUGGAGGCUGGCUGGGGGGAGAGGAAGGAGGAGGAGGCAAAGUGGGGAAAGGAGCGGAGGCUGUGAGGGGAGCCCGCAGAUGCACCGGGGAAGAGACCCUUCAGGGCCAGGUGCUCCCCUUUUUGGACAUGAGUGAUCUGAGCGUAACCUACGCUGUGGCUAAUGCCGUGGCCAGCGUGGCCCAAGCGCUGCACGACAUGGCCACCUGCGAGGUCGGAACCGGGCCCUUUGAGGGCCGCUGCGCAGACGUGCCCCAUUUUCGGCCCUGGCAGCUCCUUCAUUACCUGAGGAGGGUGAGAUUCCGAAAUAGUUAUGGGGAAGAGGUGCUCUUUGAUGCUCAUGGAGAUCCUCCUGCUCUUUAUGAUGUCAUGAGAUGGCAGCCUGGCCCCGAGGGCUACCCUUCCUUCCAAGAAGUCGCCCGCUUUAAUGACAUGGCAGCCCGGGAAAGCCAGCUGCAGAUGAAUGCCAGUGGACUCACUUUGGAAGGGAUGGAAAAGCAGGUAGAGAAACAAGGCUCCUCUCUCUGCCAGAAGACCUGCCCUCCUGGCACGUGGAGGACUUCCCAGAUUGGCCAGGCAAGCUGCUGUUUUGCUUGUCUCCAGUGCCCCGUGGGACAGGUGUCUGAACACAAAGCAGAUGCUCCAGCAUGCAAGGAGUGCCCUGAUGACACCACCUGGCCCAGCCCAUCGAGGGAUCGCUGUGAGCUUCAGCCCGAUGUCUUCCUGAAGUUUGGAGAUCCCCUUGGAGCCGUCCUGGCCUCUUUAGGGGUCUGUGUGUCUCUGGCCACGGGACUGGUGCUGGGCGUUUUCAUCUACCACCGGCACACCCCCCUGGUGCGGGCCAGCAGCCCCGGGCUCAGCGCCCUCCUGCUCAGCUCUCUGCUCCUUUGCAGCCUCAGCUCCCUUCUCUUCCUUGGCCCCCGAGGGCCCUUUGAUUGCCGGCUCUGCCAGGUGGUCCUCAGCCUCACUUUCACCACAGCAGUGUCCUGCGUGCUGGCCAGGACGGCCGCUGUCCUCGUGGCCUUUCGGGCAGUGCAGCCAGGUGGCCCCCUGCAGGUGUGUCUGGGGCCUGGCCUGCCCCGAGCCAUGGUCGCGGGGCCCCUUGUGGCCCAGGUUUGUAUCUGUAUUGCAUGUCUGGGGGUUGCCCCCCAAAGCCAGAGCAGAAGUCCAUCGCUGGCCCCCAACACGGUGCCCCCUGAGUGUCGGGAGGCCUUGCCUCCCGGCUUCUGGGUCCUCCUGGGCCUCCUGGCCUUGGCUGGCUUUGUGCUGGCCCUUUGGACGCGCCAGCUUCCCGGGGGCUUUUGUGAAGCCCACCUCCUCUCACUCAGCAUGGCGAUGUGCGUGAGCGUGUGGCUGGCCUCCCUGCCUGCCCAACUCCACAGCCAGGGCCGGGCAGUGGCAGCGGCCGUCCAGACCUUCAGCAUCCUGGCCUCCAAUGCCGCUCUGCUGGGCUUCAUCUUCCUGCCUAGAUGCUUCGUCAUCCUGCUCCGGCCCCACAGGAACAACAGGGCGUGGCUCAUGGGGAGGCUGCCUGCCAGCGGCCCCCCUCCCAACUCCCGCUGA